CCCGCCCUAUCCGGGUUCAUUCAUGCGGUGGUGAUCGCUUCAGGCCCCUUAGUGAGUUUGUCCCUUCUUCUUCUCUCCAGUGUGUGUGUGUGAGCUGCAGAGAAGAGCCGAUCAUGCCUGGACUUCUGCUGGGAGACGAGUUCCCCAAUUUCGAGGCCGACACCACCAUCGGCAAGAUCAAGUUCCACGAUUUCCUGGGCAACUCAUGGGGUAUCCUGUUCUCCCACCCGAGAGACUUCACGCCUGUCUGUACCACUGAGCUCGCCUGUGCCGCUAAGGUCAGCAAUGAGUUCAAGAAACGGGGCGUCAAGAUGAUCGCCUUGUCUAUUGACAGUGUUGAGGAUCACCACAACUGGAGCAAGGAUGUCAUGUCAAUGAACAGCGCGGCUGAAAGCGCUUUGCCCUUCCCCAUCAUUGCUGAUGACAAGAGAGAGCUGUCAGUCCAGCUGGGCAUGCUGGACCCCGAUGAGAGAGACAAGGAUGGACUGCCACUCACCGCUCGCUGUGUCUUUGUGAUUGGCCCCGACAAGAAGCUGAAGCUGUCCAUCCUCUACCCCGCCACCACAGGAAGGAACUUUGAUGAGUUGCUCCGAGUUAUCGACUCCCUGCAGCUCACUGCACAGAAGAAGGUUGCCACACCCGUCGACUGGAAGCCCGGCGACAAAGUCAUGGUCAUUCCCUCGCUCUCUGACGCUGAGGCCGCCGCUCUCUUCCCCAACGGUGUGACCACUAAAGAGGUGCCUUCUGGGAAGAAAUACUUGCGCUACACCCAGCCCUGAAGAGACACUAUAGACUACCUCCUGCUCUUGUUUACCGCUCUUUGACCAGGAAAUCAUAUUUUGGAUGAUGAUUCACAUGUAGCGCUGAUCAAACGCAUAGAUGCACUUAUCUGGUUUGUCGCCAGUGUGUCCAGCAAUGAACCAGGAGUUUAGUUUUAGAGUCAUUGUACAGUGCCUUAUUAACCUUCCUUCAAUAAACACACUUUUCACACA